AUGCCUCGCAUUGAAUACGAGCCAAAACUCGACUUCAAGGACGUUUUACUUCGACCCAAGCGUUCCACAUUGAAAAGUCGCGCUGAUGUGGAUCUUGUCAGGGAAGAUGUUUUUCGUAACUCGAAGAAACAGUACAGUGGAAUACCUGUGAUCGCUUCGAAUAUGGACACAGUUGGCACGUUUGAGAUGGCAAAGGCUCUCUGUCCCCACAAAGUCUUCACUACCAUUCAUAAACAUUACACGUUGGAUGAAUGGAAAGAGUUCUAUGCUGGAUUCAAAGAGACGCCGAUGUUCAGCCACGUUGCUGUUUCUUCAGGAAUAUCUGAUCGUGAUUUUGAAAAGUUGAGCGAAAUUUGUAACGAAGUACCGGCUCUGGAAUAUAUCUGUAUUGAUGUUGCCAACGGUUACUCUGAAUACUUUAUUGACUUUAUUCGAAAAGUUCGAGAGCAGUUCCCUGGGCACACCAUCAUGGCAGGAAAUGUAGUGACUGGUGAAAUGGUCGAAGAGCUGAUUCUUUCUGGAGCUGAUAUUGUCAAGGUAAAUUCUCGCCAUUCCCGCAUAUCUACCCUUCGAUAUCCGCACUAUG